CACCCAUGAUGCAGCGGGACGUCGGCGAAAUCUUGUGAGGUCACGGCAGAUUUGUCGGAGUGGGCAGGAUCGCCGUGGUAACGAAGCUGCUGAGGAUUGAGGCCGAAGAAAUCUUGAGAUGUCGGAGACAGACCCGAAGACGGUGCAGGACUUGACUGCAGUGGUUACUACACUGCUCCAACAGAUGCAAGACAAAUUCCAGACAAUGUCUGACCAGAUCAUCGGUAGAAUUGAUGAGAUGAGUGCUCGCAUUGAUGAUCUAGAGAAAAAUAUUGCUGACCUCAUGACACAAGCAGGAGUUGAAGAAAUAGAAGGAGGAGAAAAUAAGGCUCCCAAGUAACCUAAAAGGAUGGUGGAAGUCUUUGCCUUUACACCUCUCCGACCUACCUACUUAAUUCAAGAGUUUGUGCCGUGCUGAGAUGCGUUUUUUUAUAUUGAAAAUAAUGGGUGUAUUGACAGCUGUAUUUGAAUAGGCUUUGUAAGAAAAUGUGUUGUUCAAAAUUUAGUACACAUUAGGAGGUUGUGCAAUUGUUUAAAAAAUGCAUACUUGUUAAAUCUAAGUAGAACACAAUUUUUGAUGUAGCUAAUUAAACCCCAUUUUCUGACAAAGAUUUUAAAAAUAUUUUUCAUUAAAUUAUUCGCACUACACUUUUGAAAUCAAGUUUGUUUAAGAUCUCAUUUCAACUAUAUUUGUGCCAUUGUUACUAUGUUUUUAUUGCUUGAUAUUUUCAGUUAAAGACCAUGAGGGCCCAAUUUUCUUUGUUUUGAUACUGUUCAGAAGUCAGCACAGUGUUGUCUUACAGGAAACACCACAGUUAUAGGGAAACUCCUAAGCGCUCAAUUUAAUUUUGCUAACCUGGUAAUGCCAUGAUGGAUGGCACUUAAUGUAAGUAAUUUACCAGUUGUCACUGUAAGUUUACUCUAAAUGGUGGCUUUCUUGUUUUUCUGAAAUCUCUUGGGCAAGUUUGCUCUAACAUAUGAGUGCCUGUGCUUAGUAGUUGUCAUAUAUUUUUCAGUGUGAUUAACAUUAUUAAUAGUUAGCAGCUAUAACCAACUUGUAAGCAGUGACAUUGUUAGAGGAAAUUCUAAAUGGUGAAGGGGUGGAAUUUUCGCUUUGUAAGUUAUAA